CGCAGCAGCUUGAGGGCCCAACUGAUAAAUACCUUACCCUGCGGAUACGAAGAGCAAGCUUGUGCGUCAUGGGCCGCACCCCAACCUUGCUUCUUCUCCACUCUACUUGUCAUUCUGCCAAUCCGCUCACUAACCACAAACCAGUAUACAAUCCCGUACGAAGGCGCGUUCUACCUCCCGCGGCUUCGACUUUCCGUUCGGCUCCUGUUGUAUGUUUUAUGUCUUCUUCGCUGCUAUUUAUUCCGUCGAUUCUUACACAUCGUGGGGGAGGCACUCUCUCGCAGACCGCGCUCGCGCAUACCGAGACGAAAUGAAG